CGCGCCGUCACGCCAUGGCGGACGACGACGACGCGAAGGCGGACGUGGUCGAAAUCGUCGGGUACGACGUCGCGCGCGAGCGUCGAACGAGACGCGACGGCGACGCACCGUACGUGUUCGGCGCCGACCACACGAAUGGUGUUCGAGCGGACGACGACGACGACGACGACGAGGCGCGCUACGUCCAGGCGCUGGCGACGACGAACGGCGGUAAAGCGAUCGUGGGCGUGCGCGAAGACGAACUCAUCGACGCCACGUUCGGGGUGAUGAUACCGGGGAGCACGCGCGCGGGGGAGGUGGAGGAAUCGCUCACGCGCGCGGCGAGACGCUUCGCGGCGAUGGCGCAAGAGCGAGCGUGGCGUACACGAUUACAGACGCCCGUGGCCGAACCGAGCGGAGAGUCGGCGGACGAGAGCGACGACGACGGACGCGAUAGACGCGUGGUGUACGCGGACGACGCCGAUCCGGCGGCGUUUGACGUCCAUACUUACGAGGAAGUGACGUCGAAGUACAUCAAUUUGAGCUAUUAUGAAAAACGUGUGGCGCCGCAGACGCGGUUCCCAGACGGGAGCGUGAACGCGACGCCCAUACGCGUAGCGAAUUGGAUAUUUGCCGAAGAGUUCGUCAAGAGGGAUGGUUUCGUGGAGGAGCCCGACACCGAGGAAGAGUCAACGGCGGCGACGGAGGAGGAAGAGGAAACCACAGAAGCGUCGCCGCCGCCGGAGGCACCCGAGGCGGCGUUGGAAGAACCGCCGACCGGUUGCUUCGCGUGUUUCGGUGCCGGAAGAGAUAAGAAAACCGUCUCGGCUUCGAGUGAAUCGGAGAGCGUAGAAGAAGAGACGCAGCUGCAGGCGGUGUUCGACUACGAAUCAGAGCGAAAGACGCUCGUCGACUUGGAAGUGAAGUUGGCUACGCUGGAGCUCAAUUGUGGACAACUCUUCUUGGACAUGAAACGGCUCGUGCACUCCGUUCGCGGAAACUUUACAGUGGAGAUGCUGAAGACGGAUCCACGAGCGCUCGAGCUUCAAAACCGAAUCAGAGAAAUUGAAAUUACGUUGAAAAGAAUGCUCUUCACUCGCGACGGGGUAAAAAUGGAUAUUAAAAAGCGUCGUCGGAGAAUUGCUGAGUUCGGAAAAGAGCGAGCGCUCGAGGCGAAGCGAUUGGCCAAGGACGAACGCGUGGACGCCGAAGCAGCCCUGGCUGCCGAGAUUGGCAACAUCCCAGAUCCGCUAGAAGACAUCGACCGCCUCUUCGGCUCGGCGCCCGCCGCCUUGUUUCUCAUGCUCGGACCGUUGUACUUGUGGCAUUAUUACGAGUGGAUACAAACGAACCGCGUUAUGAAGCGUCGUUUAGAGUCGAAGACAUCGACGACGACUGUGUACUUUUACAAUCCAUUGUUAGUGGCCGGCGCGCGCCGGCUUAGACUGCCGGCGAGCAACGUCGAGCUUCUCGCCAUGCUCUUGGCGGUGCAGAGCUUGCUGAGUUUUCAGCUUUGGAUUAUUGAUCAGCCCGAUUAUUCGCAAGAGGAAAAUAUUGCCAAAUAUGAGUACAUCGUGCUGCACACGUUCGUGCGAGUCGCGGUGCCGUGCUACAACGCCACGGCGUGCGCUCUGAGGCGGCAAAAGCGUCGAAGUCGAGAACAGACGUCGAAAAAGCUUUGGGAAUAUGAGAAGACCGCGUCAAAGCCUUCAUUGCGCGAUCGAACGGUGACGAGCGGCAAUUUGUCGUCGUUUGCGAGCGCGGACGUCGUAGCCGGCGAUGGCGACGGCGACGGCGACGACAGCGGCUCGGAACUUUCGAGCUUGCUUCCGAGCGAACUCGCGGAAAAGGACUUGGUACAAAUUUCAUCCAUCGUGGACAUGUCCGCUUUUCGAGAAGCGUUGAAAGAUCUGGACCCUGCCGAACGACAAAAGGUGCGUAGGAUGCGCGUUAAGCAAGAAGUGUUAGGAUCAGAGGGACGUUUCGGUACAAGUAUGGAAAAUAAUUUGGAAGAAAUGCAGGUCAGAACGGACCCGAGCGAACCCGCGACGAGCGUCUCGGUGAGAACAUCGGAGAGGUUUUCUGAGUUCCUCCAGUCAUGUUCGGUCGAUGCAUCCGUUCUCGAACCAGGGGACGAGAACUACGAAAAGAUUCGCAGGGAAUACGUUCUCAAGGCGCGCGCUCAACGCAAGGCUGAAGAUGAAGCGCGCGAUCCGUCGAAGAAGAGCGCGAUCUUCGACGUUGGCGACAUUCUGAACAAAUUAUUAGUCGAUGAGUCAAGGCUUGAGACGGUGCCUGGACCAAUCGAAAAUGAAGAGGAAGUGAAAAAGUCUCGUCUAGACGUCGAUCAAGCCGAUACGGUGCUGCAAGCGGUCGCGCGUCUGAACCAAAAGCACAAAAAAAAGUAUCGUCAAGGCACGGGAUACUUGCCAAACAGUGCCACCUAUCGAGAUGUCGAUCAAACGAAAGUCGCACGGGCAGUCGCGGAGAACGAUGACGAUGAAAUUUAG